UUUAACGUAUUACGGUGGCCGGUGUCGUAUAUUUUGCAGAAUCACCAUGGCGUUGAAAGAGACUGCGGGGCUGUAUGAGACGCUCAAAGCAGAGUGGAACAAGAAAACCCCAAACCUGAGUAAAUGUGGAGAACUUCUGAGCAAACUUAAGGUUUCAUUACUGGAGCUGAACUUCUUACCUACCAGUGGGUCCGCGCUCACUAAGCAGCAGCUCAUUUUAGCUCGUGAUGUCCUUGAAAUUGGAGCCUUGUGGAGUAUCCUCAAGAAAGACAUCCCGUCCUUUGAAAGAUACAUGGCCCAGCUAAAAUGUUACUACUUUGAUUACAAGGAAGAACUCCCUGAAGCUGCCUACAUGCACCAGUUACUUGGACUCAACCUGCUCUUCCUGCUCUCACAGAACCGCGUGUCUGAGUUUCACACAGAACUGGAGCGACUGAGCGCACGAGAUAUUCAGACCAACGUAUACAUCAGACACCCAGUGUCCCUAGAGCAGUACUUGAUGGAGGGAAGCUACAACAAGGUAUUUCUCGCCAAAGGCAACAUCCCUGCUGAGAGCUACAACUUUUUUAUAGAUAUUCUGCUCGACACAAUUCGUGAUGAGAUCGCAGGCUGCAUAGAGAAAGCAUAUGAGCAGAUCCAGUUCAGUGAAGCCACCCGUGUGCUUUUCUUCAGUUCCCCAAAAAAGAUGACAGAGUAUGCCAAGAAGAGGGGAUGGAGUCUGAGCCCAGAUGGCUAUUACUCUUUCACCACUCAGCAGCAGCGGACAGAAGAGGUGACCAUCCCAUCCACGGAGCUGGCUCAACAGGUCAUUGAAUAUGCACGACAGCUGGAAAUGAUUGUGUAACGCGCCACCCCCCCUCCCGGAACACACACGCCGCUGACCCAGCAUACACCCAGUCAGCUCAAAUGCAGUUCCUCUGAGGAAUAGGACUUUAUUGAUAACCAGGGUGGUUGAUUUAUUGCCCAUACCUCAGAAAUCAAUCCACAUGUAUUUUUUUUUUCCUGUAUUCCACUUAUCUGUAGGUCUUCCUGUUUGGAAGUUAGCUUUUAAUUUAAAGAUGGGGAACGAUACUAAAAAUAUGUGAUAUCACAGGUCACCAUUCAGCAAUUGCUACACGUCAGCCAUUAUUGAAUACAUUCAAGGGUUUCAAUGUUAGUUAAUUAUUUCAUCCAAGAUGCCAUCUGUACAACAUCAAAUCUGAGGCUUUUUUUAUGAGCUAUUCAAAACAAGAGUCCAGCUACUACAUUUAAUACCUUUGGGGCUCAGUAUUUUUUUUUUAUUUUUUUUUUUUUAAACAAGAAGAAGGAAGUUAAUUACAUCCCACCAUGUGACUCUCUGUGUCACAGAAAACCAUCAACUCUCCAAAGUCACACAAACUCUUUUUGUAUACAAAGUUAUUUUGUCCUUAGUAGAGCUCACAUAAAUGUAUUGCCCUUGCCAUGUAUCCUAGCAACUGACCGAAUUUUCUAAAUGCAAAGCUUUGUCUGCAAUAAACAAUACCUAAAAUAAA